GUGAGGAUCAAAGGAUUUUCGCAAUUCCAAACUUCCACCGAUCCUAGCUUGUCAUGUCUUCGAGAACUCUCCAAUGGCUAAGCCUUGUGGGCAUUAUAUGGCUUCAGUCCAUAAAUGGGACAAACUCAAACUUUCCAGCUUAUUCAUCUCAGCUCAAGAACCUUCUUUCCAUUUCCCAAGUGCAACUCAACAACCUUGCCUUUGCCUCAGAUGCAGGAAAACUCUUAGGUUGGCUUUCUGGCAUAGCAGUUGUUUACCUUCCACUUUGGCUGGUUCUCAUCAUUGGUUCUUCCCUAGGGUUGCUUGGUUAUGGUUUGCAAUAUCUUUUCCUUUCAAACCAGAUUUCUCUGUCAUACGGGCAUAUUUUCGUGCUCACUGUUGUGGCAGGAAAUAGUAUUUGCUGGAUCAACACCGUUUGCUACGUUGUUGCCAUACGAAAUUUCCCAUCUGAUCACCAGGUUGCGGUCGGAUUAACAACUAGCUACCUAGGACUAAGUGCAAAGAUUUACACAGAUACUGUAAAUGCUGCCUUUUCUUAUUCACCAGUUGAGAGAGCUAAAGCCUAUCUCCUUCUCAGCUCUAUCCUACCCGUUAUAGUUAGUGUUAUAGCUGCACCACUGGCCAGAGAAGUUGAAGUUGGAAGGCCAAGAAACAUGGGAGUUGGGUUCAUAGCCAUGUUUGUGAUAACAAUGGCAACUGGGGUCUAUUCUGUGAUCAGCAGUUUGGCGUCGAUAUCAGGUAAACUAUCUCCAUUGGGUCAUGCAAUUGGUACCGGUGUGUUCUUAUUGGCCCCUCUAGCAAUUCCAGUUGCAGAGAAAAUUAUAGAAAUAGUCAGAAAAUGCAAUGUAAAUAUAGAAAAAAAAGUGUAUCAUUUUACUAUAGAAGAUAACAUUGAAGGUGCGGAAAGAAUGGAGAUUGAAGUCAAAGAUAAGAGAGGGGAAGUAGCCGGUGAAGGUGCAGAAACAAUGGAGAUCAGUGGGGUAAAAGAGAGUGGAGAUCAAGGCGGUGAUGUUCAUGUUAUAGAGGAGAUUGGAGUGAAGGUGUUGCUGAAGAGAUUGGAGUUCUGGUUAUAUUUUUUCGUUUACUUUUUUGGUGCAACACUUGGUUUGGUGUUUUUGAACAACUUGGGACAAAUAGCCGAGUCUCGUGGGUACUCAGGAACGUCUUCUUUGGUCUCUCUGUCUUCUUCUUUUGGGUUCUUUGGCCGUCUCAUGCCGUCCCUUGUGGACUAUUACUUCUCAAGGACCAAGCGUACGAUAUCAAGACCCGCUUCAAUUGCAGCAUUAAUGGCUCCAACAGCCGGAGCUUUCUUCUUACUUGUCAGCAAGACCAACCUCUCUCUCCAGGUCAGCACUGCCAUUAUAGGAGUGUGUUGUGGAGCAAUCACUUCGGUCGCCGUAUCCACAACCACCGAGUUGUUUGGGACAAAAAAUUUCUCAGUGAAUCAUAACGUGGUGGUUGUAAAUAUCCCAAUAGGAUCCUUUCUGUUUGGUUACUUGGCAGCCAUUCUUUACAGCAAGGAAGGAAAAGGAGAUAAUGGGAAAUGCAUGGGAGUGGAAUGCUACAGAAACACUUUCAUCAUCUGGGGUUCCCUUUGUUUUCUUGGAACUUUUCUGGCUUUAAUUCUAUACGCUCGAACUAGAAAGUUGUAUUUGCAAAACUUAAAAGUUUUGAAUGUCAAUUUUGCAUGACAAACAAUGACAUAUAUAAUUAUACUCAUA